AAAUCACAGAACACAACCUGUUUGACAUGACAAGGCCGUGCAUGGCCUGUUUGCGGCAAAUUGGCCGGCUGCGUUUGAAGGUGUGCUGAGAACUUCCCUCACAAUGCCAGGGAAAAACUAUCCAUAUCUGGCAAUCCAGGUGCAGAGAUUUUGCAACAGCUAUUCGCAACGGCAGCUCCGCUAUGCCUUCCAAGACCUUAAGCUCAGCGAAGCGGAGGAUCUGGAGCUCAGCGGUGCAGCUGAGGUGAUGCUUGACCAUGAGGAUCGAGCAGGGCGUCGAGUGGCACCGAGUGAGCAUAGUCGAAUGCCUUCAGAGGUCAGUUUGCGAACAGGCGCAGGCUUUGAAGGCGGAAGUUUUCAUCUUGGCUUUCAGACCCUUUUCUCCAUAGUAGCUGUGCACCUUCGACAUGCGAUCAGACGCUGGGCAACAUUUUCGCGUCGAAAGCAUUUUGAGGAGAGGCAAUCUCAGGUCGUGCACGCUCUACGGAAUGUCCAAGCAGAGAUGGAUAACAAGAUGAAACAGCAACCGGCUUCCAGCAAUGCGCUAAGCCCAGCUAGUGAGGUGUCCCCGUCGGCUGCAUACUCACCCAACUUUGCAGAAUCCGUUACAUCGACACCACACUUUAGACGGCUGGACGUGGGCCAUAUGAAUGUUGUAACCCAGGGGCAUGCCACCCACUUCACCAAAAAAACUCAGGACUCACCCGGACUUCAUAGUGAUGACUUAGUGAAGUCCCUAUGUGAAGAUCAAGCUCGAGUAGAUGAGGUGAUCAAGUUGGCCGCGAUCCUGUGGGACAACCUAAGCCUUGCAAACAUGCAGCCAAACAUUCUCCCGCAAGUCCUGAUGAAGGCAUCCCUUUUGGCUCGCACUGCUGAACGAUGCCAGCGCCAUGUCAUGCGAGAAGCCAUGCAUUUGCUGUGGAAGAGUUCCACUCUUCAACGGUCGGUGGAAGAACUUUUGGCCAAGGGAGAGCUGAUGAAGUGCAACAAUUCUAGAAGCUCUGAGGCUGUGCCACAGCAUGUGUCACAUUCGCAUGUGCCACAGGUGCAACAACAUAUUGACUUCCAUGUGACCGAUGAUGUGCCACAAGAGGAUUUGGCGGAACCCUCUGACCCGGUGCGUGAAGAGUUGGCUCGGGAGGUGCAAGAGGACUUUGAGACCUCAAAGCCCAAAGUGCACGAGGAAGGUGAAGAACUACAAAGUACAGUAGGAGCUUCUGCAGGUUGGGAUGCCUUGGCCACGGCUGUGACUUCCCAUGCUCCACCGCCCGCCCAUGCCAUGGAGGAUGCGCAUCCCAAAGAGAGCAAAGCUAAUGCAGAGGCAGACUUUGUUGUGACCCAACCCAUAGCAACAGCACCAGACAGGAGUACUGGGCCUCAUGUGGCAUAUGCGGCUGAAAGUGAGCUGAAUUCUGAUGAGUCGGAUGCAGAAGAGUCUGAUAUUGAUGAUGAUGCUUUGCUUGCAGGUUUGGGAUAGCUUCCAAGAGGCCAUGGCCAGAUUUCCUGUGUAGAGCUGAGCGUAUUGGGAUCCGCUUCCAACGAUGAAAAUAGGUGCACGUAGAUGAAGCUCCUCUAUGAACAGAUUUUGGUGGACAGUCUGGAGCGGAAACCCAAACGAACUGCCUGACUGCCAAUGUACCCAUUUCACAAGCCAGAAAUCCCCAGACAAUGCUGCGGAAGAUGUGAUGUUGCUUGGGUGCGGGCUGUGCAAAAAGCACAGGUCCAAUCAUCGAUCUGAAGCCAAGGAGCAAGAAACUACUAGGGGCUCC